CGCAGCUGCGCAGUCUGGUACGCGAGGUCUCCUAAUGGCGGAGCCUGUAGUUGACUGGUUGAGUCUUUCUCCUGCUCUCUCUGCCUCUGUGCUUCGAACGAUCGAUAGGAUGGGUUUCAAGAGCAUGACUCCCGUGCAAUCCGCGUGUAUUCCUCUCUUCAUGUCUUACAAGGACGUCGUUGCCGAGGCUGUAACAGGCUCGGGCAAAACGUUGGCUUUCGUCGUGCCUCUACUAGAAAUCCUACUCAGACGUGAAACGCCACUCGGCAAGAGAAGUAUAGGAGCAAUCAUAGUGUCACCGACUCGAGAACUAGCCACGCAAACGUUCGACGUCCUCAAUGAUUUCAUCACGGACAUUCAAUGUUUCUCGAGUCUGCUGACCAUCGGUGGCGGCGACCCGACUGUCGAUUUGAACAAGUUUCGUGAGCACGGUGGAAACAUUCUCGUUGCUACUCCCGGUCGUCUCGAGGACAUGCUCAAACGCAGCAAUCGAGGUGAUUGUGGCGUCAACUUGGCUUGGUGUGUCAAAGAAUUGGAUGUGCUCGUCUUAGAUGAAGCGGAUCGUUUGCUAGAUAUGGGAUUUGAAACUUCUAUUAACACUAUUCUAAGUUAUCUACCAAAGCAGAGACAAACCGGCCUCUUCUCUGCGACGCAGACUUCGGAAAUCGAGGCUCUCAUUCGAGCUGGGUUGAGGAAUCCUGUUCGAGUGACGUUAAGGGAAAAGAGCAGUUUAGAAAACGUAUCGCAAAGGACUCCUACAACACUGAAGAACUUCUAUCUUGUUUGUCCCGCCAAUCAGAAGUUCUCUAACCUUGUUGCGUUUGUAAAGAAACAUCGAGGAGAGAAGGUCAUGGUGUUUAUGAGUACGUGUGCUUGUGUCGAAUACUUUGCUAAGGCCCUGAAUUGCAUCUUGAAGGAAAAAAUGGAUGUGCUGGCUAUUCAUGGUAAGAUGAGAUCGAAACGUCAAAAGAUAUUUGCUCGGUUCAAAUCCAUGGGUUCCGGCCUGUUGCUCUGUACAGAUGUGAUGGGUCGUGGAGUUGAUAUUCCGACUGUCCACUGGGUUGUGCAGUAUGAUCCACCGAGUAGUGCGACAUCAUUCGUCCAUAGAUGUGGACGGACUGCUCGCAUUGGAAAUGAAGGCAAUGCAUUGUUAUUUCUUAUGCCCAAUGAGGAAUCGUACAUUCCCUUCCUGUCACUUAAUCAGAAAGUUCCAGUUGAGGAAUUCUGUGACGACCUUCCCCAACCUGUUCCCAAUAUGGUGGAGAAACUUCGUAAGCUGGCAUUGAGAGAUCGAGACAUUCUUGAGAAGGGAACAAGAGCUUUUGUUUCAUAUGUCCAAUCAUACAACAAACAUGAAUGCCGGUUAAUAUUUGAUGUCAAGGAGCUGGAUUUUGGUUUACUUGCUACAGGAUUCGGUCUUCUGCGCAUGCCCAAGAUGCCAGAACUAAAAGGCAAAAUAGUUGAGACUUUUAUGUCAUCUGAUAUUGACUUGGAAUCGGUUGCCUAUAAAGACAAGACUCGUGAAAAGCAACGACUGGAAAGGAAGAGGAAAAACGAAGCUGGAGAAAAAACCGAGACCAGUAGAAAGAGAAAGAAAUCAGCUACCGUGGCAUGGUCUAAACAGAAGGACAAGAAAACUGCAAAAGCAAAGAAAAAAUUACAGCACGAGAAGAUCCAGCAGAAGAAGAACAAUGCAGCCCUCUUUAGCGAGAAGGACUGGGACGAAUUAAGCAACGAGAUCAGGUUGUUAAAGAAACUGAAAUCCGGCAAGAUCACAAAAGAGCAGUUUGAUGAGCUAGUAAACGAUGAGAUAUGACACCAACUUUCUCCAUCAAGACAACAUGAUAGUUGAAGUUUUACAGGAAGUCAGAAAUUAUGCAAUAAAGUGUGUAUUAGCCAUAUCAUGUCCUUUCUUGUUAUAUUGAUCACACAUAGACAAGAAGGGGGAUGGUACACAUUAAGUCAAAAAAGGUCAACUCAUACACUUUCACUUCGAUUUAAUUAACACUAAC